GACCCCUCAUUCUUCUCCACGGACUGGACGCUAGGGAAGCAACAAGCUUGAUUGAAUCACAUAGCCUAUGCUACAAUAACGAGACGGCUAUUUGUCCGUUUUCCCUCAGAAGCAAGCCGUGCAUUUGGUGAGUGAGAGCUGUGGAGGGGAGAUGACGGCCGUGUACAAAGACGACCAGGGUGACUGGAUGACCGUCUGCCUCAAGUACCUCCUCUUCGUCUUUAAUGUCCUCUUCUGGGUUGGUGGAGCGGCGGUGAUGGGCGUGGGCAUCUGGACCCUGAUAGACAAGAGUGAUUACCUGAGCCUGCUGGCCUCCAGCACCUUCGCCGUGUCCGCCUACAUCCUCAUCCUGGCCGGGGCCCUCGUCAUGGUCACGGGCUUCCUGGGCUGCUGCGCCGUCAUCAGGGAGCAGAGGAGCUGCCUGUCCACGUAUUUCUGCUGUCUGUUAUUGAUCUUUCUCAUAGAGCUGGUGGCAGGAGUCCUGGCCUACGUGUAUUACCAGAGGCUCAGUGAGGAGCUGAAGCAGCACCUGAAUGAGACCAUGACAGAGAACUACGCCCAGCCAGGGAAAGAGGCCAUCACCCUGGCCGUGGACAGACUACAGCAGGAUUUCAAGUGCUGUGGCAGCAACAACUCAUUUGAUUGGCUGCAUAGUGUGUACAUGACCUCGGCUGUGUCGGAGGGCAGGGUGGUCCCGGACAGCUGCUGUAAGACCAUCACCUCCCUCUGUGGCCGCAGAGACCACCCCUCCAACAUCUACAAGACUGAGGGUGGCUGCAUCACCAAGCUGGAGCAGUUCCUGGCUGACCACCUGCUGAUCAUCGGAGCUGUGGGGAUAGGAGUAGCCUGUCUACAGCUGGCCGGGGCCAUGUUGACGGCCUGCUUUAUCUAUCUGCUGUAUAAAGAAGAGGAGGAGGACUUCUCUGCCGUGUGAUUGGCUAAGCCUCUGUCUGGUCACACUCAGUGGGGACGGGACAAGAUCUGUGGGAUGGUGUUCACAUGCUGCUUACACAGAAGGAUUAAGUUGGAUCCUUACUGAACCCUACCGUCAAGCCCCCCCAACACCAUCCUGCCUUAUGGGCCAGGGAGCAACGAUGCCUGCUGAACACUCACCCUUGACCUCUAACCCCUCCUAACCUCUGAACCUUAUGAUCCAACCCUGCCUGGACCUUCCUGGAUCCUUCUGCACCUCUCCUUUAGCAUGGAUGCAUGCACAGCUCCCCCCCCUCUCUCAAAGACAAGGCCAAUGAAGAAGAGAUGAUUUGGUAUUAUGGUAUUGUUCUUUUCUGUAGUAAACCUACUGCUGUUUAUUUAAGGUAGUUUUUACUGUAUGUUGUCAAUACAGUCAAAUCCUUACUGUAGAUUUCACAACAUUCCACACAACUGGAAGGCAACCCGAAGUGGUUGUGACUGAGAAUCAAGUGUACUGUACACACUCUCAUGGUGUUGCUGCUUACGAAGGGUUAUUCAGUUAGUGCUAUAUCCAGUGUGUCACGGAUGUGGCCCACAACGUGCCUCUGUCAUUGUUUUAUCAUGUAUUCUUUGAUAGCAAUGUUACACCAAUUGAAUGGUUCACCACAAAGGGAAUCCCAUGGUCAUCGAUGUUUGAUCUACGUCACAAAGAAAACAAUCAUGAGUUGAUUGAUAUCCACAGAAUAAUCAAGCAGAUUUGGGGAAAACCUGUACUUGAUAUGAAUGAAAAUAGCACUAAACGCUGCUAAUAGUAACUGUAACGGUUUUCUAGGUGUGGUGAAGGAGAGUCGGACCAAAACGCAGCGUGUAGAUUGCGAUCCAUGUUUAAUGAACAAAAAAAACGUAACACGAAUCUAAAACACAAACACUACAAAACAA